CCCCAGUGGAAACCCAGCAGAGAGCGGCAGGAACGCAGCGCUCGGAGCCGGACGGAGGCAGCAGCUCCUCCGUCAGACGUGACGUCGCUGCUGGUUCCCCGCAGAAAAAAAAGAAAAAAGAAAAAAACUUCACUCCAGAGAAAGUUUUCUAGAAGGGGGUGAAGGGGGGAAAAAAAGGAAGAAGAAGAAGAAGAAGCUAGGAGCCUGCAAACAGCCGGAGCCUCGGAAUGUGCAGACGCUCGGCUCUGCAGCGUUUCAGCCAUCUGUCGAAAUGUUGCUGCGCUUCUGUCGGUGCGUGGACUCGGCCGCUGCCGUGGCGGCGCUUGUUUGUCUGACUCUGUUGCUGUUGUCGAAAAGCUGCCUGUGUAACAGCGAGGAGGUCCUGGGGAGAGAGCAGCUCGCUGAGUAUUACACAAAGGGCCUCUUCAUCCUGGAGAGCGUUACGCUGAAGCGCUGCGUGACGGUGGACCGCUCCAAUGUGGUGCUGGAGGACUGCGAGCGUCCCACGCGCCGUAUGCUGUGGAAGUGGGUCUCUCGGCACCGACUCUUCAACUUGGGCUCCAGCACGUGCCUUGGCCUAAACAUCGUGAACACCACGCAGCCCCUGGGGAUGUUUGAGUGCGACAUGAACUAUCCGGUGAUGUGGUGGCGCUGCCUUGGAAACAUGCUUUACGGAGCAUCAGAGUGGAAGUUGAUGGUGUCCGGACGUCUGGUGGUGGUCAAAAAGAACAUUUACCACGAGUGGAAAAGGCACAACACUCUCAGAGAAGGGCCCUGCUCACAUCCAUACGAAGAAAUCCACACGCUUUUGGGAAACGCACGUGGAUAUCCCUGCGUUUUCCCCUUUAAUUACAACAACAAAUGGUAUGCUGAGUGUACAACUGAGGGCCGUGAGGAUGAUCUUCACUGGUGUUCUAUCACUGAUCGCUACGAUCAGUCCGAAAGAUGGGGCUUCUGUCCAGUUAAAGUUUCCAACUGCGAGCACUUCUGGGAUUCGAACCAGGAGCUCCGGGCGUGCUACCAGUUCAACCUGUACACCAUCCUCACCUGGAGCCAGGCGCUGUCCACUUGCCGGGCUCAGGGGGGAGAUCUGCUGAGCAUCACCAGCCUGGCAGAGCGCAGGUACAUCCGAGAUCGACUUGCAAAUGUUGGUGUGAUGGUGUGGAUUGGGCUGAACCACCUGAUGGACGGGCACGGAUGGAAGUGGUCCGACGGAGCUCCCUUAUCACUGGUGAAUUUCACUACAGGGCUAGCUGCUAGUCCGCUGCAGACCGACAUGCAGUGCGGCGUGUACAACUCUGCCUACGGAGGCCGCUGGCAGAGCCUUUCCUGUGAGUCCGCCCUGCCUUACAUCUGCAAGAAGACACCGAAGGACGACAGCAUGGCUGAGCCGCUAGAGAACUGGCAGUACGUCCACACAGAGUGCGCUGAUGGCUGGUGGCCUCAUAAUAGCUUCUGCUACCGCGUGCUGGCAGAAGAAGAGGCCGGAAGCUGGGAGGAGUCGUCCCGAGCCUGUGGCUCUCUGGGGGCAAACCUCACCAGUCUCCACUCCUUGUCAGAGGUGGAGAUGCUGCUCAACCUGCUGGCUAACUCUUCCAGGGAGGACACAGAGGUCUGGAUCGGCCUGUGGAAGCCGGGGGCGUCGCCGGCCGUAGAGUGGUCGGACGGUUCCCCCGUAACGCUGACUCUCUGGGACCGGUACCACCCUGUUCACAACCUGACGGAUUCAACGCUCUGCGUCAAGGUGGAGAAAGAGAAAGGCAACUGGCGUUUGGCCCCCUGCGAUGAGCAACACCCUGCUGUGUGCCGUAGAGAAAGUCCAGCUCAGCACAGAGGAACCCGGGACGAAGGAUGUCCUGGGGGUUGGAAGAGACAUGGUAAUUCCUGUUACACGGUAACCAGUCACGAACAGACAUUUGAAGACGCGACGUUAGGAUAUUACUGCACGGCUCCGCUCCUCACCGUGGAAAACAGGUUUGAGCAGGCUUUUGUCAACAGUUUGCUGAGCGCGAAUGGAGCCAACAGCAGCAUGCGCUACUGGAUCGGCCUCAGGGACCAGGACAAGAAGGGGGAGUACAGGUGGCUUUCCCGAAAUGGCUCUUCUCUCCCGCUCACCUUCUCCAACUGGAACAAACACCAGCCAGUCAGUGCUGGUGGCUGUGUUGCCAUGUCUGGUGGUCCUGCUUUGGGUCACUGGGAGGUGAAAGACUGCAAAUCCCACAAGGCUUUGUCAGUGUGUAAGAUGAGCAGCAGCUACAAUGAGGCUGCGCUUCCAGAGCGCCACAUUGAUGCUUACGCCCCCUGUCCUUCAGGCUGGGAAUCGCACUCUGGACUGCUUCACUGCUUUAAGGUGUUCCAUGAUGAGAAAGUGUUGAUGAAGCGCUCCUGGGUGGAAGCAGACUUCUUCUGCCAGGCCCUGGGGGCUCAGCUGGCCAGUUUCCAGCACUACGAGGAGCAGGUGUUUGUUAAGCACCUGCUCAGCACCAUGUUUGAAGGAACAGAGGGUCGCUGGUUCUGGGUGGGUUUAAAUAAGAGAGAUCCCGGUCGCCUUGGAGUCUGGGAGUGGUCCGACGGCUCUCCAAUCGUGACAUCUUUCAUCGGAGAUAAAAACGACGAGGAUGACAGGAGGGACUGCGCCGUGUACAGCGACCUGACCAACGCUCUCAUGCCGCGGCCUUGUGACACCAAACACGAGUGGAUCUGCAAGCUGUCGCGAGGCGACCAACUGAGGAAACCCUACUGGUACACUGAGCAGAGCCAGGCCUGGGUGUUUUACCGCGGAGCCGAGUACUUGCUGGCUAAUCAGCCGUACAACUGGCACGCCGUCUCUUUGGCCUGUCAGAUGAUGGGAGCUCACCUGCUAUCCAUUCACUCCAGGGAAGAGUCGCAAUUCAUCAAGGAGCGCUUACGACGGUUCUCUCUAGAACCGACCAGCUGGUGGAUCGGCGUUUCCUUUGGCCCACCGGGAGAGGAGGUCAGGUGGAGCGACAAAACAGAGAUAGGAUUUCAGAACUGGGCUGAUGGCGGCUUAAAUGGGGGAUCUAGAAAAAGCGGCAUGUGUGUCUCCAUGUCUUCUUUAACAGGGAAGUGGUCGGUGAAGAAAUGCAACGAACUUCACAGCUAUGUGUGCAAGAGGAGGACGGUGUCUGUGGUGGAGACUCCCCAGGAGCCCCACUAUAUCGGAGCGUGUCCAGAGAAGUGGCUAUACUUUGGACACAAGUGCCUCCUGCUUCACCUCCCUGGCAGUCCAAACGAAGGAAAGAAUUGGAAAGACGCCCAGUCCAUCUGCUCUUUGUUUCAAGGCUCCCUGGUUGCCAUAGAAGAUGAGAUUGAACAAGCCUACAUCACCAUGCUGCUCCAGGGCAGCUCUGUAGGUGUGUGGAUCGGUCUGCGGGAUGAGGACACCAUGAGAUGGACCAAUGGGAAGCCAGUCAGCUACACCAACUGGUCCCCAGUCGAACCAAACAGUUAUCUCACGCAGGACGAGUGGGUCAGAGGGGUGGCCGAUGAGCCGCUCUGCACGGUUCUGUCUAACAACCACAACUUCCACCUCACUGGGAAGUGGUACGAUGAGAAGUGCAGCGAGGACGGGUAUGGCUUUGUUUGUCAAAAGCCUCAAGACACAUCCAAAGCCCCCACCCACUCCUAUCACCACCCUCUUCCUGACAAUAUUGAGUACAGGAGCAGCACCUACAAAGUUGUGUCUGGCAACAUGAGUUGGUACGACGCGAUGCACACGUGCAUAGAACAUGAUUCUGAGCUAGUGAGCAUUACAGAUGCCUACCACCAGGCUUUCCUUACUGUCCUUGUCAAUAGAUUGGACGCCCCGCACUGGAUCGGACUGUACAGUCAAGACAGUGGCAUCAAUUAUAAGUGGUCAGAUGGCAGGGACACCGUGUACACACACUGGGACGCAGCCGAUGACGAGGAUGACGACUUUGUGACGGGAGAGUGUGUGUACAUGGACGUGAACGGAGGCUGGCGGAGAGCAGACUGUGAGACUCCCUUACCAGGAGCGCUCUGUCACGUUCCUCUGCCGAGCAGUGAACCAUUUAUCUCGUAUGAGACGUCCUGUCCGUCCACCUGGGUGAAGUUUGGACGAGGCUGCUACAACUUUGAGCCGGUGGUUGAGAAACUGACGUUUGAAGAGUCGAGGACCCACUGUAAACAGAAGGUCAACACCUCAGAUGUCCUGACCGUUAAAACCGAGACGGAGAACCGCUUUGUUCUGGAGCAGCUGUGGUCAUCCGGGUUCCUUCAUCGCACUAUUUGGUUGGGGAUGUACUUCAACGUCGACACCGACUCAAUGUCCUGGGUGGAUGGUUCGCCAGCGGACUACACCAACUGGGCGGAUAAAGGCCCAGACAGCAGACUCCUCACUGCAGAUACCUGCGUUACCACCAGGGUGGUCGAUGGCCUGUGGCAUUUAUCCACGUGUGGCGAGCAGCUCGGCUUUAUCUGCAAAACCUCCUCAGAUGUGCCCGCUGAGGUGGAAGUGGAAGCACUUAAUGAUCUGCAUCCUGAUGUCGUCCCUGCUGCAGUGGUGGUGUCAGUAUUGAUCUUUGCCCUGCUGGCCGGGGUCAUGUGGUUUCUAUACAAGAGGAACCUGGCUUGCUUUCACGGUUUCCCCUCGCCCGGCAGCGCUUAUUACAGACACACCAACUCUCAAUCAACAGAAUCAGAUGGGAAUGUUCUGAUUUCAGACCUGGAGACCCACGCAGGGGAAUAGCACCCAGGCGUUUUGGUAACUUGUCAGCCUUUGUGUGUGUCUCAGCGUUGCCCUAUCCCGUGUAAGGGCCAGUUGAAGUCCAACACCAACUCCUGAGCACACAGGACUGGGAUGAUGACGGAGGAUGUGUUUGAAGGAUCCUGUUGACUCUCUGAUCUGGAUUUAUUUGAAGCAUUCAGUUGAGAUUAAAGAAGCAGCCAAUCCCUUCUGCUGACACAAAGAACCGGUGUUUGAAUUUAAGCCUGACCUAAAAUCCGAUUAUUUAAAAUAGUUAGGGAAGGGUCUAUAAGCUGCUUUUUAAUGAAAAAUGCCUGAAAUCAAUUUGUACAUUUUUGUACAUUUGGGAACAUUUCAGUGGAGCAAAAUAUUGAUUUCAAAGAUUCAAAAGCUUUUUAAAAGUUCUGAAAAUGUGUGGUAUUUCAUGUUUCUAAUAAAAACAAGACUGAUUACUAAACGCUACUUGUCUGGUUCUGUAGAUUCAGGACUAUCUGGGUUUGUUGAAUCUGUACAUGCGAUACAGCAAAGUUGUCAGCAUUACUUUUGUUCUUAUAUUUUAUUUUGCAUGUACUCAUGUUGUUUAUUGAUGUACGAAGGUGUUUCUUUAAGUGCUAGCAAUGUUUGUUUGAGAUUACAACAUGUAUUUUGUGCAGUUCGGCUUGCGUAAAAUGUAACUGAGGCUAGAUUAAAACUUCUGGCGAGUGAUUUUAUUUUUAUUAUACAAUACAGAGCAAUAGAGAAGUCUGUGAAAAAAAGACAUCUGUCUAUGAAAUUUCCUACAAGCUUACUACUUUAGUUUCGUCUGUCAGUUUCUAUAGAUACAACUACUACAUGAAUAUAAAUACUGGCAUGAAAUAUUUAGUACAUCUCUACCACAUGGCACCGAAGAUGUACUUUUGAUUUUGGCUUCUGAACAAAUACCUUGCACACAUAAGUGUCAGAAAUAUCCAUAAUUUUUGUUUUUACCUCAAUAUAAUUAUAUUUACAGACUUAGAGUUUGUUAUUUUUAAAUUGAACUAUUAAAGAAAAACCCCUAUGACCAAUUUAGAGAGCUCUUAACUGGUCAUAGGGGUGUUUUUCUUUUGUUUUGUUUUUAGAAUUAGCACCAGAAACUGUUACAAGGAAGACCACAAAAUGAUGUGUGGUUAGUCAAACUUUUGUAACUGUAUUUUUUAAAUAAAAUUGUGUCCGGUUUGCAUAA